AUGGACAACACAACAAAGGGUUUCAUCAAGGAAGGGACUCGAGCUGAUGAAACACGAACUAAUGAUGAAGUGUUCAACAAUGUCCCAUACCACAGAAGAUUGAAGGUUGAAGACAUGAAGGCUAUGACGUUUAAGACAGUAGAGGACGCGGAGAGGUUCUAUUCUGCAUAUUCCUUGGCACUUGGCUUUGGAUUUAGGAAGGAUACCAAAGGAGAGGCUGAAGGUACGAUCCGGAGGAGACAAUGGCUUUGCAACAAGCAAGGGACUCGAGCUAAAAAGUGGUUCGUACUGGACAGAAGGGGUCGUACUCCUCGGAAAAUUACAAGGUUAAAUUGCAAGGCUAAGUUCAGGGUCAAUUACAACGAGCUUGUAGGAGCUUAUGUGGUGAAAGCCUUUGUUCCAGAGCAUUCUCACGAGUUAGCAACUGGAAACCAAACUGCCUUCAUUCGUUCGCAUCGAAAUGUCUGCAAAUCAGACUUGGCCCGUGCAAAUACAAUGUCUAAAGUGUCAAUCAGACCUUGCCAUGCGUAUGAGUACAUGGUGGAGCAGGCGGGGGAAUAUAAGACAGUGGGAUUUAUUGAGAAAGACCUAUACAACAAGCUUGACCAACAACAGCACACCACUUCCUUUGAGAGUGACUCCGAAGGCGCACUUGCCUACAUGAACGCUCUGGUAGCACAAGACCUAUACUUCUACUGCAGGUUCAAUGUAGAUAUAGAAGACAGCACAUACAAAACCAAUGUUUACAAAAAGCCAUUGGUUUUGUUUGUUGGGUCAAACAAUCAUCGGGGAAGUAUUUUGUUUGGUGCUGCUCUUCUUGUCGAUGAAACGGUGGAGACAUACACUUGGCUGUUGCGUUUGUUUUUGGAUGCAAUGAAUGGGAAGAUGCCAAUAGCUAUACUCACAAAUGGAGAUGAGGCCAUGCGUAGUGCAAUUGAAGACGUGAUGCCACAAGCAAAGCACCGUCUUUGUGCUUGGCACCUUUCCAGAAAUGCCAACACUAAUUUGAAGUGCGACGAAAAGUUGAAAGCUUUUAACAGGUGCAUGAGAAAAUUCCAAACUAUGGAGCAGUUUGAAGUAAUGUGGCACGACAUGGUGGAGAAAUUCGAUCUCCACAACAGUUUCUGGAUCAACAUGAUGUAUGAGAAACAAGACAAGUGGGCUCAAGCAUUUUUCAGGAACCAUUUUAUGGCUGGCAUGAGAAGCACGCAGAGGUGUGAGGGCAUGAAUAGGUUCAUCAAAGACACUAUUGGGAGCGGCAUGAAACUAGUCAAAGUCAUUCCGAGGAUGGACCGAGCACUCAUGAGAUUGAGAAACAAUCAAGUAAGGGAUGACUUUAACACUAUGAACUCAACCCCUGUUCUCGAAACUCACCUAAAAGACUUGGAGAAUCAUACAGCUUCUAUAUACACAUACGAUGUGUUUAAGUGGGUUAGGAAGGAGAUCAGGAAGGAGAGCCAAGCCACACUACGACAGGGACCAGAGUACUUUGAAGAUGGGCACCGUGUUUACACAAUGUCAGCUUACAAGCGGCCUGAUUUUGAGCACAAGGUAGUUUACUACCAUGGGAAAAACACUAAAAGUGCAACAGACCCGAUCAUGGUAUGUUCUUGUAACAUGUUUCAGUAUAGGGGAGUCUCAUGUCGUCACAUGUUCACAGUGAUGAAACACAAACACAUCAAUGAGAUUCCAAAGUCACUAAUUGUGAAGAGAUGGUCGAAGUCUGCCAGAGAUGUGUGUUCAAUCAAAUAUCCGGAACAAGAUAUUUCCAAAGAAGCCCUGGAAGUUAGUAGGUAUGGUGUUAUGAGUGUUGAUUGCAACCGAAUGUGUUUUUAUGCUUCUAAGGGUACAACAUGUUGA